GUCUGUUGAUCGGCGCCAUCGUACUUUUGGACCUGUGUGCGUAUAACGGUUUUAAUGAUACAUUAUGUCCUCACGCUAGCGAAUCGUUUGAAUGUUCGCAGCGCCAUUUUUGCCGCAGUCCGAGGCGUUUUAAACGGUUCCAGCGCUCGCAGCGCAAAGCGACGUUGCCAAUCUACCAUCCAACAACAGCAUUACACGGAUGCGCGCAGAUUGACGGAGUUUGACAAGGCUACCGCUAUUAAUCAGAUGCUCCAGCCGCUCGACGAGAGCCGCGCCGCGCCAAACGCUCAUGAAACAAGCACGGCACGUCUACAGAGACAUCUCUGAGACGUCCGAGACCCCUUCGAAGUCGAAACGGGGUGAGGCCCUCUGGAGGAGCGCCUCUGCAACGCGCGUGAGAGCCAUCUCCGCGCAGCAUCGGUGGGGGUUGACGAAAGACCGACGCGACGCCGGGAGGACGCGACCGCCGCCCCAAUCGCGGGGCAGCCCCUCGCACAGCCCACGCCGUCGCCACAAGCAGAAACAGCAUGCCUCUCCAGCGCCCCCAGUCCGCCGCCUCGACGCGGUCGGCCCGCAGCGCCUCGGGCGACUCGCACCGCUCCACGAGCACGGGGGCGUCGCGCCUGCGCGCCGACCACGUCUGGCUCCAGCCUUUGCCUGGGGUCGGCAACGCCGAGCAGAUCGCGGCGAUCCAAGAUGCUUUAUCGCCGUCCAAGGCGGACGCUCGUUUGUCCACAGCGACGCCGGUGAAGCCGACGCGGAGCCAACGACGUAGUUCCAAUGAAACACCUCGACAAAGGCGCCCGGCGACGGCGCCGUCCAGAAGAGGCCCGCCCUCGCCCGAGUGCCUGUCUCCUGAGAAGUUCGCAUUAUUAUCUCAUCCGAGUUCCGGCGCUCCAGAAGUCGACGCCUUCACGAUGAAGCGCAUGCAGUCUCCUUUGAGGGAUCGCGACGUGAAAGGAAGACAGCGGCGGGCGGAGGCGACGCCAUCACCAGUCAUACAACAGAAGAAGCUGCGCGAGGAGGCCAUUGCCCGGCGGCCGUCCCAGAUCCAACAAAGACAACUGCGCGAGCAGUCCCAGCAGAUGAGGCGGGCGUCGCGCGACGACGCCACGCAGACCGAGCCGGCCAAAAAAAAGACGCGCAAGAAGCCGGUCCCCGAGCUGCAGCUGGAGUCGCCAGCGACGGAGGACCCGCUCCAGUCGGUCGUCGCGGGCCGCGAGGAGCCCACCAGGACAUCAGUCAAUCUGACGCGGCCCCGGACCGCGUCGGUAGAAACACCCCCACAAGGCUACACGUCCUGGGAGACGCUGGUCGGCAAGGACGACCUCGGGUCGUUGUACGAGGCGAACCGUCGACUCUCAUCAGAAGAUCUGAUCAAGACGUAUAGGGCGCGGCCGUCGACGGCGCCGCGGCCGGGCUCGCGCUACGCCUAUUUGAAGAAGAAGGGCUCCAUACAUACGCCGGGGCGCAUCUUCCACGGCAACCACUGGCUGCGCGGGCGCCACGUCGAGGCCGUCGCCGAGGGCGACCCGUCCGUUCCUGCGUCCUUUUUUUUCGUCGCGACCACGCGGCGAUGGCGUGCUGCUGCGGGAGACGUACUCUCCAAGAAGACUUCUACGCCGCCAGCACGCCGUCGACGCGGCAUCUACUCACCGUAACCACGCAGGCGCGGCCAGAAGAAGGUGCUGGAAGUCAACCCCGGGCGCCUCAUGUUCGACAAGGCCGUGCAGGACGCGGAGCUCGAGGACGAGCUCCUGACGCGCCACGAGCAGCGGAGCUUGGGCAUCAACGAGAAGCGGCACAUCGUCAACUUGCACCGGACGCACAACUAUAACGUGGCGAACAUCGAGGCGGCGACGUCGCACCAUCGCGACCGGCACUGCGACGAGUAUUUUGAUUAUAGGAAGGAGAUGCGGCGCAAGAUGAUCGCGCGCACGACGAAGCGGACGCCGACGCCGUAUACGGUCAGGAGGGCCACGCGCGCGGAGAUCGUGGACCAUCAAGAAAGAAAUGUAUUGAUACUAAACCACUGCGUGCGCAACGCGACGGCGAAGACGGUCUGCCAUCUCGACGACAAGGUGAACAACGCGCGGAAGCUGCGGAGGACGAAGCAUCGGCGCGAGGCGGCGGGCCCCGUCGCGCACGUGCUCGGCAUCCUACGUAAAAGGGAAGCGCGACAGCGGAAGUCGCACGCCGUCUUCGUCGCCUCGUCCAAGGACCCGUUCGUCGGCGCCGGCGAGGAGGCGCCGGGGGCGGCGCCGGCCUUUGACACGUUCGCGCGAUCUCAGACGUGCGCGCCUCGUUCCAAAACCGAGGCGCUCAUGCUGGCGCAGGAGCGGCGGGAUUUGGCGGCUGUGUGUGGGAGGGACCAGGUCUCGACGGUGAUGGCGCUCAACCCGGGCGACGCUACUUUAUUUGACAAGAGGUUUCGGAAGAGCAUGGAGAAGCGGGGGUUGUACUUUUAAGGGUUGGGGUGUCUAUAGAUUUGGCCCCG